AUGAUGAUGGAGUAUAGAUACGACAAAGUGAAUAAAAUGUUCAACUGUAGCGAAAAUAUUUUUAUGUCGUUCAAGUAUCGGUCAGCAGUUGCUCUGUUGAGUGUGGUUGAGUUUGAAAUGUCAUCACGCUGGAGUCGCGAUGAGCUAUCGUGUUGUAUAAUAAACUCAACAGUUUGGCUCUCCAUUGCGCUUGGUAUUUUCCCUUAUGACUACACAGGCCGACGGAUCGUGCAAUCGAAGUGCUGUCUCGUGUACACUCUCGUCGUUGAUGUCGCCUUAGCCGUUUUCGCACUGCACUUGUGGCAUGAACAGCAAUAUUUGAACUUGUGGCGCAUAGCAAACUGGUCGCUUAUGGAAGUCUUCACGCAGUUUCUAUACGCAGUCAACAUUUACGGCAUAUUGGCGAUAUUGUGGACCAAUAGCUGGGAGUAUACAUAUGUGUGGAAGGUCUUCAAGGAAUUUGCAGCACUCGAGCGUUCGUAUUUCGGAAAGCAUCAAUCGUUAUCGGCCAAAUGUAUGACAUUCCAUAACCUGUUGACUUGUAAGGGGCUCAUAGUUUUGAUGAACAUUUUCUUUUAUCUUUUGAUCUUCACGGCAAUGCUCAUAAAGGCUCGCUUUAUCAGAACGCGUAUAUUCGUGGCCGUAUUCAGCAAGUUCCUGAAUAUUGUCAUAAUUUUGGUGAUCAUGCACUUUUAUACACACGUUAUGGUUACAUACCGUUAUAUAUGGGUACUGAAGGAACGUCUCAAGCACUUGUCCAAUUUUGACACGCCACACGCACAAGCGCAGAAUUUAUGGCGUGAAAUCAAUGAGAUUGUGCGCAUUUACAUGCGUUUGCAGCAACUCUCGCGGGAGUUCACCCGAAUUUAUGGUAAGCAAGUGUUUUUUGGUAUCGCUGCUCUAACGGCUGAAAAUGCACAAAACGUCCUUGUGUUGUUGUUUAUGUUGACACCGCCAGCGGAAACAUGGAAAAUUAUUUUUAGUGCAUUCUUCAUUGCCAAGAACAUCGUUUACUUUUGGCUGAUCAUUUGUGCUUGCGAGUUGGCUGUGGAAGCUGCGCGGGAGUUGGGGCAGCUGCUAAGGUGUUUUAAUGCCAUGCCGCAAGUGGAUGUUGAAGCGGAACGCGCGCUACAACUUCUCUCAUUUAACUGCAUCAUUAAUAAACCAAAAUUUCGUGUUUGGGGUUUUGUCGAGUUGAGCUCUUCAAUGGGCCUGGAAAUCAUUCUAAUACUUGUUUUACAGAUUAUAUAUCUAUUGCAAUCGAAUUAUACAAAAAUGUCGCUCUUUUCCAAUUAA